UAGUAGGGCUCUCCGGGCCAUUCAGCAAUGACAACAAUGUAUCCGCUCCGCUUGGCUCGUGAGGACUAGUUAGGAUGUGAGUCGUGACUGACGUUCAGUUCACUCAACACAAGUUCUGGGAUUUAAGUCACUCUCGACUCCCUGAAAUGAAGCUGGGAAGAAAGAAACGCUGCUCUUCUGGUGACUUGCUAUGACUUGCUCGGGUCGCUUGGAAGAAAAGUUGAAUUUAUCAGAGAUGUCCACCACUGUGCCCCCAAAAGUCCCCUCCGCCAGCCCCUCAGUGGACCAGAGGACAGUCAUCGUGGGUGCUUAUGAGUGAACGGUACUGGAGUUAUUACAUCUUCACAACAUCUUCUGUUGUCUGGUGUUUUUCUUCAUGAUCGUGAUGCUGCUUUUGAUCCUGUACCGGAAGGUUCCUCUCUGCUGCAAAAUGAGGGUUUAUCAGGAAUCUCGUACUGACAUGGAGUCUCCUCCUCAGUACUACAACAGCAGGCAGACUCUAGUAGCUUCGUCUGAUGCCGAGCAGACGCAUGACGCCGGUCUUGACAACGUCAAUGCACGGUCGGGCUCGUUGUUCCUCAUCGGCGUGCCGAGCAGCUACUACCUUUCCUCGCUCGAGCCUCCUCUUCCUCGCCUGCCCUCGUACGAGAGCGUCCGCAAGAAAGACCGGCAGCGGCAGAUCCACAUGAUGAUAGCCGACCGCUUUGGCCUGAACGGACCUGUCGAGACAGAGCCGCCUCCGACAUACGAGGAGAGCGUCCGUGAGUCCGUCCAGCCCAUCGACGUCCCGUUUGACAUCCUGGCACCGGAGGAGGAGCCCCGCGCGCCGCUCCCAGUCUCUGAGUUACCUGCGUAUGAAGAUCUACCUCAAAUCGCAGACUCGCAACAGUAACACUGUUCAUUAAAACAGCUGCUGAGCUGACCGUACCCCGACGAAACGGGGGAGGACUUGACCUAUGCAAUAACUUGCACUAGCUCGAUACGAGAGGAGAGGGAUGUCGCAGCACCGCCGGCAAAAAGGGAAGAACAAGAACAGGCGAGAGCGUCUCCGUUGAAAACGACGGCCGCAGAUGUUUCCGUGACUUUUCCAAGCCUAGAAAAUACAUUUACGCAUAGGUGGGGGAUGCUGAUUUCAUACCGAUUACAAAAAGGGACUUAAGCUAUGAAAACAUGGCAAGUGAAAAUCUGUUAAUAAAGUCUAUUUUAAUUUCAUUUUUCACGCAGAUGGCAGGCUCAUCUAAUACCAAAGUAGCAGCUGGAGUACUGUACUAAGCACGAAAAAAAAAAAAAAAAAAAAAGCCAUGUUUUGGACAUUUCAGGGACGAUUCUUUAUUUUUGCUAUUUUUUUAGUACUGUUUCUUCAUGUGUAAUCAUGCGCUUUUGUAUGAGAGUUAUUGCAAAACGUCUUUCUUUAGGCAGAACAAUUUUGAUCGAUUUUUUUAGGCAGAGAGAAUUUCAGCGCGACACGUUCCUCUUCAGACCGAAUGAAUCUCUCUUUUUGAUGAAUCUUCUCCUUUCACGAAUGCGCUCAGUUUUAAUAAAGACGGUAAAUGUACGGUGUGCAGAAGCGAUGACUUGU